AUGAUGAAGGCCAUGGAGGAUCAAGUAGUCCAAGAAGAACCAGGAUUCCAAGAUGAUGAGGAAUCCUUUUUUCAGGAUAUUGACCUGCUACAGAAGCAUGGAAUUAACGUAGCAGAUAUUAAAAAACUGAAGUCAGUUGGGAUCUGCACGAUCAAAGGAAUUCAGAUGACCACAAGACGGGCACUGUGCAAUGUAAAAGGGCUUUCAGAGGCCAAAGUAGACAAGAUUAAAGAAGCUGCAAACAAGCUUAUUGAACCAGGCUUCCAGACUGCCUUUGAGUACAGUGAAAAACGGAAGAUGGUAUUUCAUAUUACUACUGGCAGCCAGGAAUUUGAUAAAUUGCUGGGUGGUGGGAUUGAAAGCAUGGCAAUCACUGAGGCCUUUGGAGAGUUCCGGACAGGCAAAACCCAGCUAUCUCACACCCUUUGUGUGACAGCUCAGCUUCCAGGACCCAACUCCUACACAGGUGGAAAGAUUAUCUUCAUUGAUACUGAAAACACUUUCCGACCAGACCGUCUUCGUGACAUUGCUGAUCGCUUUAAUGUUGACCACGACGCAGUGCUUGACAACGUGCUGUAUGCACGUGCAUAUACCAGUGAACAUCAGAUGGAAUUGCUGGACUAUGUAGCAGCCAAGUUCCACGAGGAAGCGGGUAUCUUCAAGCUGUUGAUCAUUGACUCCAUAAUGGCACUUUUCCGUGUGGAUUUCAGUGGUCGUGGAGAGUUGGCUGAACGACAACAGAAACUCGCUCAGAUGCUGUCAAGGCUCCAAAAAAUAUCAGAAGAAUACAAUGUGGCUGUGUUUGUGACCAACCAGAUGACUGCUGAUCCAGGAGCAACUAUGACCUUUCAGGCAGACCCAAAAAAGCCCAUUGGGGGCCACAUCCUUGCUCAUGCUUCGACUACCAGGAUUAGUUUGAGGAAAGGGAGAGGGGAGCUGCGGAUUGCAAAGAUAUAUGACAGCCCCGAGAUGCCUGAAAACGAAGCCACGUUUGCAAUAACUGCUGGAGGGAUCGGGGAUGCCAAAGAAUAG